AUGGCUAAACCAGAGCCCUUGAAUUGUCCAAGAUGUGGAUCAACCAAUACAAAAUUUUGUUACUACAACAAUUACAACAAAUCACAGCCUCGCCAUUUUUGUAAAGGCUGUAAAAGGCAUUGGACUGAAGGUGGCAUUCUUCGUAACGUCCCCGUUGGCGGCGGCCGGAAAAAUAAACGGCUCAAGAUCACAAGGGAAAAGAGUAAUUCUCCAGUGGUUGUUGAUGAUGAAGAGAAAAAUGUAUUUGAUAAUUUGUAUCAUGAGCUAAAUCUCCCUUCAUCUUCACUACCACAUGAUACAAUCACCAACAACCUACAUUUGAAUUCUCCAAAAAUAUUGUCGCACUCGUGUCAGACCCUGAAAAGAUGCACUACUUCUGAAAGAUCUGACACAGACCCAACAGUAUUUUUAAAGAGUCCGAGCAACAUAGCGAAAACAGGUGUUCCUCAAGAUGAAGAUAUGCUACUUUCUUUCUCUAGUGCUAUAGGGUCGUCCUUUAACAAAAUUCCAUGUUCUAUUCCCACAUCUGCUGAUCAAUCUUCAAAUAUUUAUAAUUACAUGGAAAAUCUUGAUAGUACUAUGGAGGAGUCAACUAUUACAUGGCAAGGUCCAGGAACAAGUAGUCUAAUGAUGGAAAAUAUGCAAAGUUAUUGGAAUUGGAACGAUAUCGAGGCAUUGGUUUCAGGUGAUGAUCUUAAUAUACUAUGGGAUGACACUGAGAUCAAACCAUAA